AUGUCCCGAAGGAAGCUGCAGCCCCUGGAGGGGACUCGGGCUGGAGCAGGAGAAAAGUGCGAGGAGCUGCAGAGAGGAGCCAUUAGCAUAAAGAUUCAUUGGAUAUCUGAAACCACUUUGCCACCAGAAGAGCUUUUAGAGAUCUUGGGUUACGAUGAGAAGGAUAACAAGGUCUCUACUGCUGCUGCCCAAUUUAUAGAACUAGUGGAAUUUGAUGACUGCAAGGGGAAUAACAAAUUGAACUUCGAAGUUUCUAACCCGGACUUUAAGGUGGAACAUGAUGGGUCUUUAGUUGCACUAAGGAAUAUAUCAGAAGCUGUCAGAGCCUUGUUUGUCCACGCGCGGUCUGAGCACGCUGAGGAUAUGGCAGAAAUUUUGAUUGUUGGAGCAAAUGAAAAACACAGUGCAUUAAAG